CCGGAACCCUGUGGGAAAUUUAAAGCUUCACACUUUCGGGUUCAUUUUCUGCAAAAAAUGGACAAUCUCAAUCUUGCGUUGAUCAUCAAGAACCCUACAGACUCCGCCCAAUUCCUCCUCGAGAAGCAAAAACAGCCGGCAAAAUUUGGAGACGAAGCUUACGACUCCUACGUCGAUUCCCAUCUCUGGGACCUGCCAUCAACAGAUCUACCGUCUCUAGAAGUCGGAAUCAGAUCCAGUCUCACUCUCUCUAUACCUGAAUCAUGCUCAGAAGAGAUAGAUUUGAAGAAAUUCGACUUAGAAACUACUCUGAAUCGACUGUUGGCGAAUUUAGGGAUUGAGUUUAGCCAUGUGGGAGAGUGGAGUUUCGUCAGGUAUGUAGUUGAGCCUGAGUUUGGACCUGACUCAUGUGUCCGUACUUGUUUUCUCGCCGGGAAGCUGUUGGAGACAGAUCAUAGUUUACAAGACAACUGUAAGUGGAUGUCCAUGGAAGCUUGUUUUGACUGCCUUGUUGAUGCAAAACCGGGUAGUGAUCGUGUUGGACCAUUAGUACUACUCGGACUUGGGGAUGGUUUGAUGAAGCAGAAGCUGUCACCUUCUCUGUCUGUCCAGGAAUAUCCACCUGGUGUUAUGGUUGUGCCGAUGCGUAGCAGGACGUUGAAACCUUUCACGACAACUAAUCUGGUUGUGUUUGCUCCAGAAAAUGUCUCAGUGGACUACAAGGAGACAGAUUUUGUAAUUCGUGGGGAUGCGUUGAUUGUGGAUCCUGGAUGCCACUAUAAACUCCACACUGAGCUCAAGAAAGUUGUUGAUGCUUUACCUAGAAAGCUAAUUGUCUUUGUUACACAUCACCAUCGUGAUCACAUUGGUGGUCUUUCUGCUAUACAAGAAAGCAAUCCUGAUGCUAUUCUAGUGGCGCAUGUCAAAACUAGGAAUCGCAUUGAUGGUUGGUCUGGUAACUAUACCCCAGUUUCUGGAGGAGAAAACAUCUAUGUCAAUGGUCAGAGUUUGACCGUCAUUUUUGCUCCGGGACACACUGAUGGCCAUAUGGCACUACUCCAUAACUCCACUCGUUCUCUGAUUGUCGGUGAUCAUUGUGUUGGUAAAGGAAGUGCUUUCUUGGACAUUAGGUCAGGUGGGAACAUGACGGAAUACUUUCAAACGACAUAUAAGUUCCUGGAGCUUUCUCCACAUGUAGUGAUUCCCAUGCAUGGAAGAGUCAAUUUGUGGCCAAAACACAUGCUUUGCGGAUAUCUCAAAAACCGCAGGAGCAGAGAAGAAUCAAUCCUAAAGGCCACUGAGGAUGGAGCUCAGACUUUGUUUGACAUAGUUUCUAAUGUGUAUUCAAAAGUGGAUCGCAGUUUCUGGUUGGCUGCAGCUUCAAACGUCAGGCUGCAUAUUGAUAACCUGGCUGUAGAAAACAAAUUACCAGAGGGAUUCUCAAUCCAGAAGUUCAAAGCAAGUUGCGGAUUUAGUUUUAUGAUACGGUGGACAGCAGGUUAUAUCGGUAGCCGGAUUCCACUAAAGAUUAAUAAGUCAGGUUUAAUCAUGUCAGUGAUAGCUGCAGGAGCUGGUUAUUUUCUUCUCUACACUUCCAAAAGGAAGAACACUAUUGAAUCUUGAUUAGUGAAGUCGUCUGAUUACAUCUUAUUCAUUCAUGUGUGUGUGUGUUCCUUUUGGCAGAAUCAAAGUCCCUCUGAAAUAUCAAAUACCAAAGAGAUAGCCAAUA